CGUAUUUUCAAUGGGGCUUGGCCUUCGCUUACGGCACCGAGAGCUCUGGGCGUCCCCAAUUUCGGUUGCGUUGACAAGGAAAAAGCGAGGAAAAAGGCGGCCAGCCGAGAACCGGGGAUUAAUUCGUGUCCAAUGGCGGCGGAAGGAGGAGAGGCGACGGAGGACCUGAUCGAGAUCCUGGAGGCGUCGCCGACCCCGAUCGACCUCGCACGGUACGUGAACCACGUUCGCGACCCCGCCGCCGGGGCCAUCGCCACCUUCGAGGGCACCACCCGCGACACCUUCGAGGGGAAACGCGUCCUGGAGCUCCGCUACGAGGCCUACGUCCCCAUGGCGCUCCGGCGCCUGCGGGCCAUCUGCUCCGCCGCCCGCGCCGCCUGGCCCCUCCGCCGCCUCGCCGUCGCCCACCGCCUCGGCACCGUCCCAGUCGGCGAGGCCAGCGUCUUCACGGCAGCGUCGGCGGUGCACCGGGCCGACGCGCUCGAGGCGUGCCGCUUCCUCAUCGACGAGGUGAAGGCGUCGGUGCCCAUCUGGAAGAAGGAGGUCUACGCGAACGGCGAGGUCUGGAAGGAGAACAGGGAGUUCCUUCAGAGAAGGAACGCCUUGGCCUCCUCUUCCUGCUGCUGCGCCACUAAGGUCGUGAUGGACGACGACGCCGCCGCCGACGCCGCCGCCGUGACGGCGGCCGACGAUGGCGGUUCGGGGGCGGAUAAGGAAGAAUUCCCGGCCGUCUGAUGGAGAUGAGUCGACGGACCGAUCGCGUCUCGUUCUGUUCUGUUCUCCCUCCUGCAUCCGUUAGGCUAACGCGCAUCCGAGAGCAGAUGUUGCGGCACCGUCGAUUUGUUUUUGUUUUUACUUUAUUUUUUGUUUUAAAUUAUCAGGGAGGUUGCUGGGUUUCCCCUUAGGAACAACGUCUCACUGUAGCUUAGCUUCUUUGUAGCACAUAAUAUAUACUCGGUCGUUGUGUCUGGUUUUGAUAUAUUCAUUCAA